AUGAACCAGGGACACCCUCACUACUUGAACCAGCUGUCCUGUGGACUGGACCUGGUGUCUCUGGCUGGUGAAUGGGUCACUGCAUCUGCCAACACCAACAUGUUCACCUAUGAAAUAGCACCUGUGUUCAUCCUGCUGGAGAAUGUGGUGCUGCGGAAAAUGAGGGAGGUGAUUGGCUACAAAGGAGGGGACUCCAUCUUGUGUCCUGGUGGCACUGUGUCCAAUAUCAAUGCAGUGCUCUGUGCCCGCUACAAGCACUUUCCUGAGUGUAAAACCAAGGGGGUACAUGGACUGCCUUGUCAGCCUGUGCUCUUCACCAGUGAGCACAGUCACUAUUCCAUCAAAACUGCUGCAUCUGCAGCUGGUUUGGGGACAGAUAAUGUGGUGGAGGUAAAGACAGAUGCCAAGGGUAAGAUGAUCCCAGAGGAGCUGGAGAAACAGAUUGUGGCUUGUCUCAAUUAUGAAGGCCCUGUGAAGAAGAAGCCCUUCUUUGUCAACUGCACUUGUGGCACAACUGUGCUGGGGGCCUUUGACCCUGUGGAACCAAUUGCUAACAUCUGUGCCAAAUAUGGGCUCUGGCUCCACAUUGAUGCUGCCUGGGGAGGUGGACUGCUAUUAUCUGAAAAGUACAGAGCUGAGAGAUUCCUUGGAGUGGAGAGGGCUGAUUCUGUGACUUGGAACCCCCACAAACUCAUGGGCUGCUUGUUGCAAUGCUCCACUGUUCACCUCAAAGAAGAUGGAAUAUUGAUGAACUGCAAUCAAAUGAACGCCGAGUACUUGUUCCAAGACGACAAGCAGUACUACGACUGUCGCUUCGACACCGGCGACAAGGUCAUCCAGUGCGGGCGCCACAACGACAUCUUCAAGCUGUGGCUCAUGUGGAGAGCCAAGGGCAUGUCCGGCUUCCGGCGCCACAUAGACGGCCUCAUGGCCACCGCCGAGUACAUGACGGAGCAGCUCAAGGCGGACACUUCUGGCCGCUUUGUGCUGUUGUGGCCUGAGCCAGAGUGUGUCAACAUCUGCUUCUGGUACGUGCCUACGAGACUACGCUCUAGCAUAAAGAGCAACUUGACGUGGCCGAGCAAACCUGUGCAGCAAGACCUGGGACGCAUCACAGCACAACUCAAGAGCCGUAUGAUGAACACUGGCACACUGAUGAUCAAUUACCAGCCGCAGGGAGACACGCCCAAUUUCUUCCGUGCCAUUAUUAGCAAUCCGGCCGUCGGCCGCGAUGACGUAGACUUUGCUCUCGCGGAGCUCGACCGGCUUGGACACGACCUCUAGCGCAACUCUGCGAGAACAUUCUAGUCAGUUGCAACGUUACCGGUGAAGGAGAUGUCGCCAGUUACCAUGCGGGAUGAUCUCAUCCGUAUUAUCGUUACCGAAGUGAAAAACGAAUACUCCUGCAUGUGUUGAGGUGUUCGGAAUUCGGGUUCGUCCCAAGGUUCAUGUCUGAAAGCGACUUUGCACAAACCUCCAGCCCCUGCACAAACUCCUUUUGUGCACAAACUCCUUUUGUCUUCUGCGAAUUGCGGUUCGCAAGCAUCUGUUCCUGAGGGCUAGAAAGUUGAUGGAAACCGAAAGCAGGUUUCGCUCGUGGCAUAGAAACGAUCAUUCCUUUCAGAAUUUCGAAAAAUGGCUCUUUUCUCACAGAAAUAUUUUCAACCGAGAUUGGGACGAACCCUUGAAGCUGCUUAGAGAUGCAUUUUAUAAAUCGAUAGUGUUUAUCAGUGUUGUGGCAUGAAUUGCUGCUGAGAAAAAAAAGUUAUGUGGCAAAUGAACAGCAAAAUCCAAAGGUCUUCCAAGAAAAAUCAAUCAACAAAAUUCAAGAACAAACCUUGUUGAAUUUUGUGGUGAUUUCAAGUUGUGGUAUGAAUGUUGACAGUCGUUUGAAUGAAUGAGAUUUUUAAUUAGCAAAUGUAUGAAAGAAUGAUGUCUGAUGUUCACAAAAAAUCUAAUCUUAAGGUUUCGAGCUAUUGACAAACAAAAACGUCAUUGAAUUCUUGAAUUUAAUUUUAAAGGAUUCCUUGGUUUAACAAAGUACUCCACACAAUUUUCCGAGGUGCGUAUCUCAUCCUUCCUGCAAAUAUUUCCGUUUUUUGAUGCCUUCUGUACCUGUAGACAAAGAAGUGUGAUGUUGAAAACUUGUGUACAUACUUGUAUGCGAGCAAUGAAAGCAAUUGGUCUUAUCCAUAUCGAGAAAGAGACGAAAGAGGCAGGAGAGGGAAAAAAAAAGGAACCAGUUCUCAAGGAGGAUUAAUGGUUUUCUAAAUAGACAAGCGAAAGUGAAGAAAUGUAUCAAGACUCUAUUUCGAUCAGUCAUGUGAUUGUUCGAUCGAAAAACUUCUUUUCUGUUCAUCGCAAUUAAUUUUCCUUCGCGGUUACACACAUGCUGUAUUGUACAUACUCAAGCGGUUGCUGUGAUGCGCAUUUCACGUCACUACUCGAAAGCAGUUCAAUUGACGCCUUAAUAUCGUUCGAUGCGCUAGAACCGGUCCGCAGUAACUUUGACACCCAAGCGUUCACAGGUUACAACCGCGGGCGGGAAAUCUUCGGAUCAGUGUUGAACCUCAGUCGAACGCAUCUUUUACUUUCUAACAAGAGAACAGUGCCAUUUUUUUCCGCCUUACCCACAUCCCCGAAGGAUGAGGGGACAUUUUUUCGGAUCAAGUACGUGUCCCAAGCAAUAAGACAUCCGCGUUUUCAUUCUCACCUCAUUCACAGUGGAACAGACGAGACGCAUGAGAAUGGGGAGAUUAUGAACAGUGGAUGUUUGUAGAGAGACGUAAAAGGAGGGAGCAUAUCAUAAUCCUCGUGAGAGUGCUUUAUGGUUGUUACAUGGUUAUGACCGGCUUCCAUUGUUGGUGUGUUAUACUGAGUGUGAUGCUUCUUAUAGAUGUGUACAUAUAUGCUUAACGGAAA